AUGUCUUAUCAAGAGCAGCAGUGCAAGCAGCCCUGCCAGCCUCCUCCUGUGUGCCCACCCACAAAGUGUCCUGAGCCUUGUCCUCCUCCAAAGUGCCCUGAGCCUUGUCCUCCUCCAAAGUGCCCAGAGCCUUAUCCAUGCCCCCCUCAGCCAUGCCAUCAGAAAUGCCCUCCUGUGCAACCUCCUCCACCCUGCCAGCAGAAGUGCCCACCCACGAGCAAGUGA